GCCAAAACCACCACAUGAGUUCCAGCUCAGAUUCCCUGCACUGAUUCGGGCGCUGCGCUUCACCAACAUCAUCAUCUAGCCGCGGGCUCUGCUUCCCAUUCGCGUGUUUCUGCACUGCUUCCUGACCAAUCUCUGUUUGCCAGCCUGGCGCUCGGCAGUCCGACAAGCAACAGGGCUGCGAAGGAGGGGUGCCGACGAAGCUCAGAGCAGGGUGAAGAAAAAGCAAGCUGAAGGCAACGACAAGAGGGAGAAAAAAGAAACACCACGUCUCAAGCCAUCAACAGAGACGCCAGCCACCUCUCUUCAAAUCUUCACAACCAAAAGCUUUGAAUGCCCUGAUAUCACGACCCAAAGGGCAAUCACUCUCACAAUGGCAAUCAAGCGCCUCAAAGCCUGGCUGCUCUCAGCCACCAUCAUAUGCAUCGUCCUCUACUUCACACGCGAGCGCAGCCACUACACCCUCCCCGAGGCCGCCCGCCCGCGCCCCGUCGCCCCGGCCGUCGUCGCCCCGGCGGCGGACGCGGCCAGCAACACGGGCCCGCCCAGGUCUAGGACCACCUUCGCGGCCAUGAAGCUGCCGCAGUCCCCCGGCGCCAAGGUCAACUCGGAGGCCCACAAGCUCGCCUGGGCCGACGACUUCCUCCCGCACCUCGCGGCCGUCGCCAAGCUGCCCGGCAUCACGCUCGCCCAGGCCAGGAAGACGUGCACCUGGGGCCCCGCCGACAAGGUCGACUUCCAGUUCGACGAAAAGGCCGACUGGGUCGUCAGGGACCGGCCCGAGGACGAGGUCGAGGCCAAGCGGCGCGAGUGGCGCCAGUUCGUGCGCGAGGGCAUGAUCCCCUACGGCGCCGUGCAGCACCGCUUCACCAACCAGCGCGGCCUCGUCGUGCUCGCCGGCAACCAGGACACCUUUAAGCGCGUCGGCCUGCUGCUGCGCGCGCUGCAGCGCGUCCGGUCGCGCGUGGCCAUCGAGGUGCACUACUACGGCGAGGCCGAGAUGACGGAGCAGCACCGCCAGUCCCUGUCGACCGUGUGGCCGCGCAUCUUCUUCAACGACCUGUCGUCCGACGACAACAUCCUGCGCGUGCAAAAGGACCGCCCCUUCAUAAACUACCAGCUCAAGACGGCCGCGCUCGUCAACUCGCGCUUCCAGGAGCCGCUCCUCGUCGACGCCGACAACAUCCCCGUGCUCGACCCGGACGAGCUCUGGGAGUCUGCCGCCUACCAGAGUCACGGCACCGUCUUCUGGCCCGACAUCGCCCGCACGUACCCGCAGGACCCGGCCUGGGCCAUCACAAACACGCAGUGCCGCAUGGACGAGUACGAGCUCGAGAGCGGCCAGCUGCUGGUCGACAAGCGCCGGUACUGGUACCACCUCCAGCUGGCCGCCUGGUGGGCCACGGAGCAGGGCGCCUACUGGGACCGCAUCCUGCUGGGCGACAAGGACCUGUUCCGCUUCGCCUGGCACGCCCUGCGCACCGACUACGGCAGGCCCCAACGCUGGCUCGCCUCGGUCGGCACCCUCAACAAGGGCUUCUACUGCGGCCACUCGUUCGCCCAGCACCACCCGGACGACGCCCGCGUCGCCUUCCUGCACGGCGGGCUCGUCAAGACGGUCGACCUGCAGGUCAUGCGCUGGAACAGGGACACCCAGGGCGGCUACUACCGCCACUACAAGCGCGCCCCGUCCGACGAGGACCCGCGCGUCAGCGUCAACGUCGGCAUCAAGUUCGACGGCGCCGACUACAUGGACGUCCCCAAGGGCAGCGGCUUCCGUGCCGCCAUGUGCACAGACAUGUACGACGUCGAGGCCAGGGACCUCAACGAGCUCAUCCCCAUGUGGGAGCAGACCUUUGGCGAGAUCGGAGGCUACUGGCAACUCGCCACCGAUGAUGGCCAGGGCGGCAAGCCCAUCUGAUCUACUUUGGCCUGUGUCUGUCCAUCCUUUUUUCUUUCUUCUGUGCGCAUUGUUCCCCCCACAUAAGAAUUGGCAUCCUCGCGGAUCUAUCCCACUGGGAUUUACCCAGCCAUCAUAGGAGCCACCAUAUUGUACGAGUAAUAAGAUAAUCAUUUUGGGCAAUUGAAAUUGCCGUGUGUUCAU